AGUUAUUAAAAUCCCAUUGCCUGGUUAAAUGCCUUGCAAAUCUCGCGAGAUUUCGCGAGGGGAUAAGUUUAAGGAACAUGGCGACGUCUAAUUUGUUAAAGAACAAAGGCUCCCUCCAAUUUGAUGACAAGUGGGAUUUGAUGCGUCCCAUCGUUCUGAAGCUCGUUCGCCAAGAAACGGUCACCAAGCAGCAGUGGUUCGAUCUGUUUUCGGAUGUCCACGCUGUUUGUCUGUGGGAUGACAAAGGGCCGGCUAAGAUCCACCAAGCUCUGAAAGAAGACAUCUUAGACUUCAUUAAGCAGACACAGGUGAGAGUGCUGAGUCAGCAGGAUGAUCCCGCCCUCCUCCAGGCCUACAUCGCAGAGUGGCGUAAGUUCUUCACUCAGUGCAACAUCCUGCCCAAGCCCUUCUGCCAGCUGGAGAUCACCUUGAUGGGCAAGCAGGGCAGCAACAAGAAGUCCAGUGUGGAGGACAGCAUCGUCAGGAAGCUCAUGUUAGACACAUGGAACGAGUCCAUCUUUUCCAACAUCAAGAGCCGCCUGCAGGACAGCGCCAUGAAGCUGGUGCACGCUGAGCGGCUGGGCGAGGCCUUCGAUUCCCAGCUGGUCAUCGGUGUCCGUGAGUCCUACGUGAACCUCUGCUCCAGUCCUGAAGACAAGUUGCAGAUCUACAGGGAGAACUUUGAAAAGGCCUACUUGAACUCCACCGAGAGGUUCUACAAGACACAAGCGGCAUCCUAUCUGCAGCAGAACGGAGUCCAGAAUUACAUGAAAUACGUGGAUGCUAAGCUCCAGGAAGAGGAGAAGCGGGCACUUCGAUAUCUGGAGACUAGACGGGACUGUAACUCUGUACAAGCUCUCCUGGACUGCUGCGUGAAUGUUCUCUUGUCAUCGUUCAAAGAAACGAUCCUGGUCGAGUGUGCAGGGAUGAUCCAACGGAAUGAGACUGACAAGCUUCACCUCAUGUUCUCACUCAUGGACAAGGUGCCCAAUGGUGUGGAGCCCAUGUUGAAGGACCUAGAGGAGCACAUCAUGAGCGCUGGGCUGGCAGACAUGGUGGCAGCUGCUGAGACCAUCACCAGCGACUCUGAGAAGUACGUGGAACAGCUCCUCACGCUGUUCAAGCGCUUCAGCAGACUGGUGAAGGAAGCCUUCCGGGACGACCCGCACUUCCUGACAGCUAGGGACAAAGCGUAUAAGGCAGUGGUGAACGAUGCCACCAUAUUUAAGCUGGAGCUCCCACUGAAACAGAAAGGGGGAGUGCUGAAGUCGCAGCCGGAAUCAAAGUGUCCUGAGUUGCUGGCAAACUAUUGCGACAUGCUGCUGAGGAAGACGCCACUCAGCAAGAAGCUAGCAUCUGAAGAGAUUGAGGCCAAGCUCAAGGAGGUGUUGUUGGUGCUGAAAUAUGUCCAGAACAAGGACGUCUUCAUGCGGUAUCAUAAAGCCCAUCUCACUCGCCGUCUGAUCCUGGACAUCUCAGCAGACAGUGAUAUUGAGGAGAACAUGGUGGAGUGGCUCAGGGAAGUGGGCAUGCCAGCAGACUACGUCAACAAGCUGGCUAGAAUGUUUCAGGACAUCAAGGUUUCUGAAGACUUGAAUCAGUCCUUUAAGGAGAUGCAUAAACACAACAAGCUGGCCCUGCCAGCCGACUCUGCGAACAUCAAGAUCCUGAAUGCAGGUGCCUGGUCACGUAGCUCAGAGAAGGUAUCCGUGUCAUUGCCAACUGAACUAGAAGACCUCAUUCCAGAAGCAGAGGAGUUUUACAAGAAGAACCACAGUGGCAGGAAGCUGCACUGGAACCACCUCAUGUCCAAUGGCAUUAUCACCUUCAAGAAUGAAGUGGGUCAGUAUGACUUGGAGGUCACCACCUUCCAGCUGGCUGUGCUCUUUGCUUGGAACCAAAGGCCCAAGGAAAGGAUCAGCUUCGAGAACCUCAAGCUGGCCACGGAGCUGCCUGAUGCAGAGCUACGCAGGACACUCUGGUCUCUGGUAGCCUUCCCCAAGCUGAAGCGCCAGGUACUGUCCUACGAGCCCCUAGUUGCCUCUCCGAAAGACUUUUCCGAUGCCACGCUCUUCCACGUCAACCAGGACUUCUCUUUGAUAAAAAAUGGCAAAGCCCAGAAGCGGGGGAAGAUCAACCUGAUUGGCCGGCUGCAGCUCACGACAGACCGGAUGCGGGAAGAGGAAAAUGAGGGUAUCGUCCAGCUGAGGAUCCUGAGGACACAGGAAGCCAUCAUCCAGAUUAUGAAGAUGCGCAAGAAAACCAACAAUGCCCAGCUCCAGACUGAGCUAGUGGAGAUCCUGAAGAACAUGUUCUUGCCACAGAAGAAGAUGAUCAAGGAGCAGAUUGAGUGGUUGAUUGAUCAUAAGUACAUUCAGCGGGAUGAGACGGACAUCAACACCUUUUUUUACGUGGCGUAGUGUUGGUAAUGAUGAGGGUGAUGAUGGAGAGGAUGUAGACGGCCAUGAUGUCCGGUGGGACUCUCAAACAGAGGCAUUUCGACUGUGGCUUUUGCAGUGUGUCUGGGACUGCUGAUAUGUUUGCAUCCCUGAAUUACCCGAGAAAAUAGUGAUAAAGUAAAAGUCUGAGGACUGUUUUGCAAUGGAUUAGUCCGUGUGCAAGGCUAACCUCUGCUUUACCUGCCUGGCUGUGCUAUCUGUGGGCCAUGGUAUACGCAAAUGGUUACCAGGAAGACUCCACUGCAUCGAUCUGUCCCCAAUAUAGACCUUGGAACACUGCAGAAUGAACACUAAAUUCUCCAUCCCACUCACAGUUCUGCACACCUACGCCCUCCCGACAGUCCUGGGCCAUUUUGUUAGGUUUUUUGUUUUCCUGUGCUGGACUUGCUGAAGACAUUUGAUGACUGUAUAUGCAGCCUAGUUGCAGUACUUGUUACUGAUUUUGAGAACUCCCCUCCAGUGGGGGGGGGGGGUAGUCUCCUGUACUGCUUUUUUUUUGUAUACCCACUCAUCCUGUAUAGGAGAUAAUCAGGGAUGGGAUGUUUAUAGGUGCAGUGGUUAGCACUGUUGCCUCACACCUCUGGGACCCGGGUUCGAGUCUCUGCCUGGGUUACGUGUGUGGAGUUUGCAUGUUCUCCCCAUGUCGUCGUGGGGUUUCCACCGGGUACUCCGGUUUCCCCCCACAGUCCAAAAACAUGCUGAGGCUAAUUGGAGUUGCUAAAUUGCCCGUAGGUGUGCAUGUGUGAGUGGAUGGUGUGUGAGUGUGCCCUGCGAUGGGCUGGCCCCCCAUUGUUGGUUGUUCCCUGCCUCGUGCCCAUUGCUUCCGGGAUAGGCUCCGGACCCCCCACGACCCAGUAGGAUAAGGGGUUUGUAAAAUGGAUGGAUGGAUGGGAUGUUUCUACAGAACUGUGAUUCAAAGGAUUUCAUGGAAGGGGAACCAGUUUGAUAAGUGCAAUGACUCUGCCUACUUUGACCCAACUUGCAGCCAGUAGUCAGUGGCUGUGUGAUUUGGAAGCCUCCUUAAAUGCCUCUGCUCUGUCAAUGUUAUGCGGAUGUUGAAUGAACGUUUGCUUCAGAUCAAGGUCCUGGGAAUGUCAGGGUGUGAGCUGGGGGCAGACAGAGCUUAGUUAGUUUAAAAUAUAGCUGAGUUGCAGAAAAUCUGCAUUCCUCACCCAGUUAGCUGACUGUGGUUGGUUAAGUGUGGUUUCUAAACACCAAUUUUCUAGUCUUCAGUUACACUACAGAUUGUUUUUUUGGAUGGUGGGUGCUGGUAAAACAGUCAUUAGGUUCUAAGAUUUGAUCAGUUAUUGGUCAUUGGGGCCACAUGUGUGUCUGUGCCACAUGUAUGUGUUUUGGUUACACUCAUGGUUUCUCUAAAUAUUCUGUUGAACUUCACUUUUCUCUCGGAGAAAUUUGGAAGGACUCAGGGCCAGGAAAAACACUAAUGCGCUGGAAACUAAUGCGAGUUUUAGUCUCGUCUCCUGGGAAAGGGCUGGUGUAAGACCCCUGUGAAAAAUGUGUUUCUUGUUUUGUUCAAACUUUAUAAAAUUCAGAAAUGUCAAAAAAUUGUUUGCAGCACUAUGAACAAUGAUGGUUUAGUUCUGUAUAUACACUAUAUAGCCAGAAGUAUGCAGAUACCAGCUUGUCCAGCAUCUCUUUCCAAAACAAAGGGUAUUAAUAUGAAGUUGGUCCAUCCCUUGUUGCUAUAUAGCCUGCACUCUUUCCAAUAGAUGCUGUAACAUUGCUGGUGGGAUUUGCUGCCAUUCAGGUUAGGUAUUGAUGCUGGGUGAUCAGGUCCCUGUCUUUGAGCCUGCAUGGCCCCCACUUCUCAGCUGAACUUGCUCCCAGAUGUUUCCAUUUUGCUUGUGGCUGAAAUUGUACAAGCUGACUGAAGGUGCCUAUGUGGGUGUCACAAUGAAAGUCGUUAAUCUCUUCUGCAUGAGCACCAAGUGUUUGUUGCCGGAUAUGGUAUGAUUGUGCUUCUGCAGUAGUGUCAGCAGUGGAUGUGGUGUAAUUAACUAUUGGUUAAUUAAUGUCCACGUACUUUUGAACGUAUAGUGAGUUUGAUAAUGAAUCGCACUGGAAAACUCGAGUGUAAUGCCAAAUACUACCACUAGUUGGCUGUCAUAGAUUACCAGCACAAGCAGCUUGUAUCUGCACCAUUCUACACGAAAGCAGGGGCCACUGCAAAUAUAUAGUAGGUCAGCUUUACAUUUUUCUGGGGAAAAAGAAGCACGGUUCCGAUUGCAGGAAAAUGGCUACAACCAUGAAUUAUGCAUUUAUUUUGGUUUGCAAAGAAUAGCUAGGAAGAGCUAGACAUUUUAGUAGCUCAGAUCUCAGCUCAGGAGAACAUCUUUGGCAUGAUUCAGAACUCAGAAAUAGAGCAAUUCACGGCUGUCUUUGGAAGCAGGUCUUACUGACAUUUCAAAGUUGAAUUGGAGUAUAUAACCACUAGCUUUAUACCAGAAUUAACAGAAGUCUUCCGCAAUAUGCAGGAGAAGUCAGUAUGGUCAAAGUUGCACCAAUAUACUAUUAAAACACAUUUCUGACUACAUGUGGAUUUUUGUUGAAUAGUGCGCAUGCUGUGUAAGGAGUGUUUGCUGUAAUUCUCCCCUCCAUUAGUUACCUGAACCAGCCCUGCUGGUAAUGAUCUAAACCAGUGUUUCUCAACCCCGUCCGCAGGGACCCCCACGCUUUCCACCUUUAUGCUCCCUUCCAGCUCCCAGCCAAUCAGGAACAGGUGCACUGGGAGCUGGGAGGGAGCGAAAAAUGUGGACUGUCUGGGGGGGGGUCCCCAAGGACUCAGUUGAGAAAACACUGGUGUAAACAAUCCACUCCUACGGUUUAGAAGCUUGUGUCGCUUUUGGGUGUAUGUGAAAGAAAGAGCAGGUUUCAGUCAUAAUCCCUUCCUUAAAGCUUGAAGACAUUGAACCAAAUAAAUUACUCCAGUGUUCAGUUCUGCUGAAAUUGGGUUGUUCCGCACUCUUUUGACAUUCUUUUGUCACUACUCACUGGUCUGAAAUUGUUGGAAUCACUUUGUGCAUUAGUGCCCCCCUUGGGGUACUGGUGGGUGUAAAUGAUAUGCACUUGAUUAAAGAUUUUGUCUGUGUAAUAUAAA